AUGGUUGAAAGAAAUAAUAGUCGUAGUUGUACUAGUAAUGAUGAUGAUAAAGGACGAUCAACUAUAGUAAGAGUCGGAGUUGGCGGCGGCGGCGGACUACGAGGUAUCGGUCAUCAUCUCGUAGUAAUACUACUCUUUUUUCUUAUCUUUUGUACCAAUGUAAUAUAUUCAGCACGAGAAGAAUGGCAAUUUGUACCUAUGAUUCAUAAUAAUUCAAGGUACGGUCAUUGUUUGGUUUCAAUCAUAACACUAUUCAAUACGACUACGGGAGCUGUCAUCUCUUACAAUGAGAGCAGUGAAGCGAGCACAAGUGGUUCACAGAGCCAAGACAUUACACACAACAAUACGCUAUGGGUAUUUGGAGGCUACAACUCAUCCUUUCAACUCUACGACGACAUGAUAUUUAUAGAUGAUCUAAACUUGACUCUCUAUCAAUCCAUUCAAUUAUCAAAAAACAAUUCAAACGAUAAUAAUAGCACAACCAUUCCACUUAGAUGGGGUCAUUCUUGUAGUCAAGUUGGAAAAGAUUUGAUACUUAUAUUUGGCGGAUCAUCAAAUGCUUCAGAGAGUUACUCUAAUAAUUCGACUCUUGGUGAUUUAUGGUCUUUUAAUGUUACAUCAAACAAAUUUAAUUUAUUAUCAAGUUGGUCGAUUUUAAAUAGUUCAAUAGAGAUCAAUACUACAUCAAUUGUAAAUCAUACAACUACAUCAUUUAUAUUACCAGAGCCGAGGACAAGACAUUCUUCAUCGGCAAACGCAACUCAUCUCUUUUUGUAUGGUGGUAUCAAUUCCAAUGGAACGGUAUUGGGUGAUUUCUGGAUAUAUAAUAUAAUCGAAUCAAAAUGGACUUUAAUAUCAAACUCUACCGUUGAACCACCUCCAAAUGGUGAUCAAGAUUCAAACUCUACUACCACCUCGACUACGACAACGACAACAUCUGAACCAUCACAAAGAUCUUUAAUGUUUGUGGAACAACAACAAGAAACGAAUAAUCUUAACAUUCCAUCUGCGAGAUGGAGACAUUCAUCGAUAUUUGCAAGAGGAAAAUUGUGGAUAUUUGGUGGUAAGAGUCAGGCAGGGUCUGCAUUACCUGAUCUUUGGAUGUAUGAUGUGGUAGAGAUGAAAUGGACAGAAUCACCUACUAUUGGGGCCGAUGAAUCAGAUCUAGCGAGAUUUGAUCAUCUGAUGGAUGUUGACAAAAAGAGUGACAGAGGUUUUUUGGUGUAUGGAGGAUUUUCAACCUCACAACUUCAAGAUACCUGGGUAUACGAGUUUGAUGAGUUAACGUGGGAGAGAUUAGAUGUUUCUUCCACCUAUGAUACUUCAUCCUAUGCCUCUUCAUCAUCAAUGGUCUAUAGUAGCGAACUCAACUCUUUUGUAGUAUUUGGUCAAAGUGAUAGUGUCACAAGUGGUGUUUGGCUUUAUAGCCUCGAUUGUGACUGUAAUAACAAGGGUGGAUGCUUUUAUGGUUUGUGUUCUUGUUUUAAUGGUUAUUUUGGUGACUAUUGUCAAUAUUCAAUUGACGGACCAAUAUUCCUUGGUUUGGGUAUUGCCAUUAGUGUACCUAUUUUAUGUUUUGGAUGGUGUGUUUUAAGAUGUAUACCAUUACCAACAAGACUCAAAAUAUUGACAACUUUAUUAUUUACUAUAUCAUGUUCACUAUUUAUUUCUGCACCAAGUUGUCUUUUAUGUUGGUUACCAAUAUCAAUUGUUGGAGUAGUUUCAAGUUUGGUUGGAUUAUAUGCAAUCUUAAAAUCAAAAGGUCCAAAUAUUUUAUGUGUUUUUAUAGUAGGAGUAUUUAUUUCAAUUGGUUGCUGUAUUUAUGGAUUAGGAGCAUUUUUACCUUCUUGUAUGUUGGGUAGUUGUAAAAACGAAACACCUGAUAAAUCAUGGUUACCAAAGUUUGCCAUUAUUAUGGACUUUGUAGAAGGUAGUUUAUUAGUAUUACUUUUACCACUUUGUAUAAAAUUGUAUAGACACCGAAAGCUUAUUAGAAAUCUUCACAACAAUCCAAUGAACAGUAACUUGUAUAGCGCAAACAUGACAGGCUUGCCCCCUCUCAUCAAAAAAAUGGAAACACAAGACUCGUCAAAAGGUCGAACAGAGUCUACGGAAAAGGCAGCUUUAAAUUAUUUACAAAAAGAACAUUAUUUAAAAUUAGAAUUAACCAGUAUAAGAUUUUCAAAAUUAACAGAGGACUUGAGAAUUAAAAUUAAUAGAGAUAAAGUUUUUGAAGAUACAUAUGAACAAUUAUCGAAAUUAUCAACCAAUCAACUUUUACAGAAUACAUUUGUUAAAUUUAUCGAUGAGGAAGGUGUAGAUAUGGGAGGAUUGAAAAAGGAAUGGUAUUCAUUAUUGUUUAGAUCAAUAUUCGAUGCAUCAACAGGUCUUUUUAUUCUAAAUCCCAACUAUACGCUUUCUAUCAACCCGCAGUCGGCCAAUCUUCCCGAUCAUCUAUCAUUGUUUUACUUUGUUGGUAAAAUGACAGCAAAGUCGGUCUUGGAAGGUGUCCACCUCGACCACACAUUCUCUCGCAUCAUCUAUAAACUCAUUCUAAACAGAGACAUGUCUUUGGACGAUCUAGUCAAUGUUGAUGCACAAUUUCAUCAGUCGCUUGUAUGGAUCCUCGAAAACUCUGUCAAUGAAAUGGAGGAAUUGACAUUUAGCACAACCACAACCGCACCCGACGCACUCACUGGCAAUCUCAUACCAAUCACCAUCGAUCUAAAGACUGACGGCAGAGACAUUGUAGUAACCGAUGACAACAAGGAAGAGUUUGUACAACUCAUGACAGAUUUUAGACUGAGACGAGAUAUCACCGAUCAGUCACACCAAUUUGUAAUAGGAUUCAGAGAGAUGAUACCUAUCGAAUUGUUGGCAUCUUUUGAUGAAUGCGAAUUGGAAUUGUUUGUCUGUGGUCUUGUAGAGAUUGAUGUUGGUGAUUGGAAGGCAAAUACUUACUAUCGUGGAUAUAGCGCAACUUCACCUGUCAUUGAAUGGUUUUGGAUCAUAGUCGAAGAGAUGACUAUGGAAGAUAGGAUCAGACUACUCCAAUUUGUCACUGGUAAUACUCGUCUCCCACCUAGUGGUUUCCAGGGUCUUGUAUCGACUGAGGGAAACACAAAAUUCCAAAUUCACAAGAGUUGGGCACCCUCUAAUCAACUUCCCAUUGCUCGUACCUGUUUUAAUAGAAUCGAUCUUCCCAACUAUGACUCUAUCGAUCUUCUUCGUAAAGCAUUACAAAUUGCUGUAACUGAAGGUCUUCAUGGUUUUGGAAUUGCCUAA